UCAAAGCGGUGAACCAGUGCUUUCCCCCAAAACGAAGCUGGCAAACUUGUGAAAUACGAAACCCCGGAAAAUAGAGCAAAUUCGAGCAUGGAGGGUCAGGGCACCAGUCGUCAGUUCUCCGGCAGCCCAGGGAGCAGCUUCAGCGGGGAGGCCUCCAAGCUGGGACUCCUGGCCCGGCUGGACCGCCUGCUCCGCCGCUGGCUGCCUGGAUACAGUUUCAUUCGCGGCAAGCGUCGCUCCUCAUCGGAGACCUCGAUGGCCGGCGAAUCCUCCCAGAGCAACCGGCGGGCAUACGGACGUAGGGGCAGGCGGGGCGACAGGCAGGAGGUCUACCUGGACACGGGCAUUGCCAAGUCGGAGUUCUGCGUCCAGCUGGAGACCCUGCUGCGCAACAAGCUGCUCAAGAAGCAGCAGGAACUGGCCUUGGAACAGCAGGAGAGGAGCCGCGAGAAGGAGCGGGUGCUCAGCAAUCCCCUCGAGCACCAGUAGAUCCCUGUUCUAAAGUUAAUUUUUCAUUUCUAUAUGUGCAUAUAUAUUUUUCAUAGCAUCAAUCAAUCA